AUGGCCCCUUCCUUGCCGUUUCUCUCUGUGGUUCUUUGGAGUGCCCUCUUGUUGGCAGGCUCCCUCCCCAAUCUGGCCUGUGGGGUGGGCACCUUCACCCUGGGGGUGCUGGGUCCCUGGGACCGCAACCCCAUCUUUGCGCAGGCUCUCCCCAGUGCGGCUGCCCAGCUGGCUGUGGACCGAGCUAACCAGGACUCCUCACUGGCGCGGGGCUCGCAGCUGGAUUGUGUGGUCCUUCCCAUGGGCUAUGACACCCCUCAUGCCCUGGCCACAUUUCUGGCCCACAGGAACGCUGUAGCGGGUCUUGUUGACCCUGGUUACUGCCCAGUGGCAGCCUUGCUGGCCCAAGGCUGGGGCAAGACCCUCUUCUCCUGGGCAUGCGAAGCUCCAGAGGGAGGAGGCGAGCUGGUGCCCACUUUGCCUUCGGCUGCGCAGGUGCUGCUGUCCAUCAUGAGAUACUUCGGCUGGGCUCGUGUGGCCAUUGUGUCCUUCCACCAAGGCACCUGGGUGGCCAUAGCCCGGCAGGUGGCCACGGCUCUCAGGACACAUGUGCCUGUGGUGCCGGUGACCUCUCUGGGACCCAGAGGGUAGGAGGCCACAGAGGUACUGAAGCAGCUCCGCAGCGUGGAUGGCCUGAAAAUCGUGGUGCUGUGCAUGAACUCGGCACUCCCGGGUGGCUCCGAGCAGGUGACCCUGCUGAGACAAGCCUGGGCCCAGGGCCUGGCAGAUGGGAGGCUGGUCCUCCUGCCCUAUGACACCAUGCUUUUCGCUUUGCCCUACCGAAACCGCUCCUACCCAGCCCUUGGCCAGAGCGGGCUGCUUCAAGGGGUCUAUGAUGCAGUGCUCAGUGUCACCCUGGAGUCUGGCUCCCUGGAUGAGGCCUUCAAAGCUUCUGGGGCCAGUGGAGAGGUGGCUGUCCUGGAGCCGGAGCAGGUGUCCCCGCUCUUUGGAACCAUCUACGAUGCUGUUAUCCUGCUGGCCCAUGCCUUGAACCGCGCGGCGAGACAAGGGACAGGGUUCUCUGGGGCCCACUUAGGGGACCACACAGGAGCUCUGGAUGUGGCUGGCUUUAGCCAGAGGAUCCGGACAGAUGAGAAGGGCUGGAGGCUGGCUCAGUAUGUCAUUUCGGACACAGGUGGUCGGGGAAGCCAGCUGGUCCCCACCCACAUUCUGGACACAGGCACGUGGCAAGUGCAGCCCUUGGACAUUGCCAUACACUUCCCGGAAGGGGCCCUUCCGGCACGUGACUCCAGCUGCUGGUUUGACCCCGAUACAUUAUGCAUGAGAGGUACGCAGCCCCCGGGCGACCUGCUUGCUCUGGUCCUGGCCUGUGUUCUGCUCGCUGGUGGGGCCCUCACUCGCCUCAUCAGAUGGGGCAGCCAGCAACUGCAGCUGGUGCGGGGCCCCUGCCGGAUCCUGCUGACAGCCCAGGAGCUCACCUUCAUCCAGCGGCCCCUGAGCAGACAGAGGCUGCAAGUGGAUAGUACGAGUGAAUCAAGAAGUAUGACAGAUGGUGGGAGCCUGAGGUCUGUGGCCCAGGGAUCAGCGAGGAGCCUGCCAGCCCCCCAGGAGCCUACCAACGUGGCCCUGUACCAGGGAGAGUGGGUGUGGUUGAAGACAUUUGAAGCUGACGGCCCGGAGCUGCGGCCAAGCUGCCUCAGCCUCCUGAGAAAGAUGCAGGAGCUGAGGCAUGAAAACGUUGCCGCCUGCCUGGGUUUCCUCGUGGCUCCUGGGACCCGUGCUCUGGUGCUGGAGCACUGCGCGCGGGGCAGCCUGGAGGACCUGCUGCAGAAUGAGGCUUUGCAGCUGGAUUGGACCUUCAAGGCCUCCCUGCUGCUGGAUUUGAUUUGUGGGGUGCGGUAUCUGCACCAUCGACAUUUCCCUCAUGGCCGUCUCAAGUCCCGAAACUGUGUGGUAGAUGUCCGCUUUGUGCUAAAGGUCACUGACCACGGCUAUGCGGAGCUCCUGGAUGCUCAGCGGACUCCCUGCCUAUGUCCAGCGCUGGAAGAGCUGCUGUGGAUGGCUCCAGAGCUGUUAUGGGGACUUGGGGGGCCCAGGCGGGGCACCCUCAAAGGAGACGUCUUCAGGGUUGGUAUCAUCCUGCAGGAGGUCCUGACUCGAGGCCCGCCCUACGGCUCUUCAGGGCUCUCAGCAGAAGAAAUCAUCAAAAAGGUGGCAUCGCCCCCUCCCCUGGGCCGGCCACUCGUGUCCCCUGACCAUGGGCCACCUGAGUGCAUCCAGCUGAUGGAGCCGUGUUGGGAGGAGGCUCUGGAGGACAGACCCGGCCUGGACCAGAUCUACACCCAGUUCAAAAGCAUCAACCAAGGCAAGAAGACCAGUGUUGCCGACUCCAUGCUGCACAUGUUGGAGAAGUACUCGCAGGACCUGGAGGACCUGAUCCAGGAGCGGACUGAGGAACUGCAGCUGGAGAGGCAGAAGACGGAAAGGCUGCUCUCCCAGAUGCUCUCUCCGUCUGUGGCUGAAGCUUUGAAAACUGAAACAACUGUGGAACCGGAGUACUUUGACCAAGUUACCAUAUACUUCAGUGACAUUGUGGGUGUCACCACCAUCUCAGCCCUGAGUGAGCCCAUUGACGUGCUGAGCUUGCUCAAGGAUCUCUACACGCUGUUCGAUGCUGUUCUGGGCAGCCACAAUGUAUACAAGGUGGAGACCACUGGGGAUGCCUACAUGGUGGCAUCGGGGCUGCCCUGGCGCAACCGGAGCCGGCAUGCGGCUGAGAUUGCCAACAUGGCCCUGGACAUCCUCAGCUCUGUGGGCAGCUUCCGGAUGAGGCGCGCUCCCAACGUGCCCAUUUGCAUCAGGGCUGGGCUGCACUCAGGGCCCUGUGUGGCCGGGGUCGUGGGUCUCACCAUGCCUCGGUACUGCCUCUUUGGAGACACUGCUAACACCGCAUCUCGGAUGGAGUCCACAGGGCUACCAUACAGAAUCCACGUCAGCAGAAGCACUGUCCAGACGCUGCUCCGCCUGAAUGAAGGCUACAGAAUUGACAUCAGAGGCCAGACUGAGCUAAAGGGGAAGGGUGUGGAGGAAACCUACUGGCUGAUGGGGAAGGCAGGUUUCCCCAGACCCCUCCCCACACCUCUGGACAUCAAACUUGGGGAUUCCUGGAAGGACCUCAUACACCAAGAAAUCAGGGAGGCUUUUGCCAAAGUCUGCCAGAGCUCGGCUGGACCUUUGAGCUCAGAGAAGGCCUAG